UCAAGCUGUCCUGCAUGACAGAGGCCCCAGGAAUUCGUCCCAGUGAAACCCCACCUCCAUCGCUAUCAUCCUUGGGGCCCCAGUUGUUAGGGAACGGUGUCCUGGAGGCCACCGUCCUGUUGGAGACACACUGUUCCCUGUCCUGUGAUAACAGGCCCCACACCAGUCCAGAAUUUCUCUAGCAGGUCCCUGACCCACUCCGUCCUCAGUCCCCCAGAUACUUUGUCGUCUCCCCUCAGAUAUCAACAGUGAUGGUGUCCUGGACGAGCAGGAGCUGGAGGCUCUCUUCACCAAGGAGCUGGAGAAGGUGUACGACCCUAAGAACGAGGAGGACGACAUGCGGGAGAUGGAGGAGGAGCGUCUGCGCAUGCGGGAGCACGUGAUGAAGAAUGUGGACACCAACCAGGACCGCCUUGUGACCCUGGAGGAGUUCCUCGCGUCCACCCAGAGGAAGGAGUUCGGGGACACAGGGGAGGGCUGGGAGACCGUGGAGAUGCACCCUGCCUACACACAGGAAGAGCUGAAGCGUUUUGAGGAGGAGCUGGCUGCCCGGGAGGCGGAGCUGAAUGCCAAGGCGCAGCGCCUCAGCCAGGAGACCGAGGCCCUGGGGCGCUCCCAGGGCCGCCUGGAAGCCCAGAAGAGAGAGCUGCAGCAGGUGACCGGCCGGGGAGGCCUGCGGCCACUGUGGGGAUCCAUGGCCCGUCCUCAGGCGGCCUCGCCAUCUUGA